AUUAUUUUUGUCGACGAUAAACUGGCCAAUCAUCAAAUGAUGAUGAAUGAAAAGAUGAAAAAAAGGGUGUAAAAACUAUCGAACGUCAUCAAUAUGUGUGUGUGUCCAAUUUUUUUCAAGUUUUUGAUUGAAUUUGUUUUCAUUCGAUUCAUUCUGUCAAUCAUCAUCAUUAUCAUAAUAGACGUAGGUCGAAUCAAUUUGUCAAAAAUUUUUUUUUCUAUUUUCAGAUUUAUAUCUUUCUGCUUAUUAAUAUCCAUACGCCUUUGUUUUCAUUCAUUCAUUCAUUAAGAAAAAAAAAAAAAAAAAAUCAUUAUAAUUAUUAUAUCACAAGCUAUUAUAUAAGUUUCUUGUCACUGUUUUUUUUUCUCAUCCAAAAUGACCAUGAAGAUUGUCACAAUUCUUAUCACAAUUUUCAUUAUAAAUGUUUGUCAUGCUGCAUCAAUUGUGAAUGAUUCACCAUCAUCAUCAAUUAUCGAUGGAAUUGAAAAAAGAUUUGUUACCAUUAUCAACAACAAUAAAACAACAACAAGAUAUAGAUCAAAGAAUAUCUACUAUUUUAGCUAAUAUCCGCAAUAACAAUGAUCAUGAUGAUGAUGAUGAUGAUGAUAAUGAUCCAGAUGUUAAAGAUCUUGAAGCCAUUGCUACAACUACAGCAUUAUCAAAAUCAGCAUUGAGAAAAACAAAAAUAAAACCACUUAUUAUUGAUUCCGGUUAUGAAAGUGAUAAAGAUGAUCCAGAUGAUGAUGAUGAUGAUGAUAAUCGUAACAUUGAUAAAGAACAAGAAAAAGUGGAUAAAAAAAUCGAACAAAAACAAAAACAACGAAAUCAUAAAACACAUUCAGAACGACGUGCUGAACGUCGUGAACGACGUAGACAGCGGCGUGAACGACAUAGACAACGGCGUGAACGAAAAAAACAAGAACGACAUGAAAGACAUCAAGAAAAACGUGAACGAAGACAAACACGUUCAAAUAUACGUUAUUUAGAGUUUCUUGGCAAUCAUGUAAGGCGUGCACGUAAUAAUUCUAAUAAAGAAUCCAUAAGAAAAAUGUGGACAAAACUUGAUGAAAUGAUUGAUUCAUUGAAAAAACUAAUGGAACGACGACAAAAAACCAACAACAUUAAUGGUAAACAUUAUGAUCAUAAUGAUAAACAACUUGAUGAACAAGUUGAUGAAGAAAUAAGAAAAUUUCAUACAAAUCUAAAUGAAUUACAUAUGAAUGAAUGAUGAUGAUGAUCGUACUAAUCAGGUAUAAACGGGAAUUUACAUAUCAUAAUUAUAUCUAUUUUUUAUUUUAUUCGAUACUUUGAACAAAAUAAAUUAAUCGAAAACAAAAUAUAACAGAUUAAAUUCGAUGCCGUUGCAA